UGUAGAAGAAGACUAUACACCUGAUCUUGAAAGUCCCUCUUUUCCUUUAACAGGAACUAUUUUAUCAAAAGUUUGCGAUACAAAAUCAGACGAUACUGUUAACUGCGAUGAUAUUGACGAAAUGGACCAGCUGGAGUAUGAUGGUGUGGAAAAUGUAGCUGGCUAUUUAUGCCACAGGCUGAAGAACGUACUGCCGCACAUUGUUGAAUCGGGUCAAAGCAACAAUUCAUACACAUGGGUUAACCAUUUGAGUGAAGGAGGUUUGACGAAGCCUACACCACAAUUUGUUGAAAAAGUGGCACGCAUGGAAAAAAUUUUUACGGACAUCAAUAAAGAUUCUCUUUAUGCAUGCAAAGGUUACAUUCAAAUGCUUAUCGACAAGGCUAGGGACAUUGAUUGCGAUCAAGAGGCUAAAAAGUUGUUUUUUAGAUCUCGAAUGUUCUUUGAAAUUCGAAAACUUAAUGCCAAUAUUGCGAAAUUCAAUUACCAAAAGAAACGUAAAAUAAGCAAAUUUAAGAAAUAA